UAAAGAUGUGUGUUUAAUGUGUUUUCGCAAUUUUGCAAUAAUGGAGCCCAACAACGUUAGUUAUUACGAAGAAAACAAAUCUACAAGUUCUACAGUCGUAUUGGACAUCGUUUCACGAGGAGAUACAGUGUUUGGUCGCGAAAUAGUGAUUCCCUUGAACUCUUUCGAUUCGAUAUCAGUGUAUCCUUCCUUGAAGUGCUCUAGAAAGUGGUGUAGACUCACUGAUAAGCCGUUCCUAGAUCCUUGUACAGCAAGAUUUUUGGACCCUAUGGCAGCCUGAGUGCUAAAAUGGCCUAGCAUCCUCACAGACUUUGCGUAGUGUCUUAGUAAAAUAACGUAACCACAAUGCAUACUAAUCAGUGGCGCAAUAGGCGCAAUCAGCUCAAUUUGAGCCCUAUUCCAGCGUUUAACAUGUACUCAAUAGCAAACUAUAGUACCGAUACAUCAAAGACAGACUUAUCAAAGACUUUCGCCGAAGAAAUGUUGAUACACAACUUGCAUAUGAUGCCAAAUCCGCUUCAAAAGAACUUAGCGGACACCAUACCAACAGCAGAAAAGCCAAAACCACCAUUUACAGGGCCUAAAUUGGAGUCUAAAGCAUUUCCAGAGCCAAAAAUGGAAAAAGAACAGACUAGAACUGAGUAUUCUUUUAGUUUUGGUAGUUUUUUCUCGGGGGUUAUUAGUGCAAUAUCGAGCGGCGUUUUUAGGCGUCGCGAGCCAGCGCACCAAUACUACGAUUGUUUUGAUCCCGACCCGAGCUGGCAGACGGCCAGCGAAGCGGAUUUAAAUAAGUCUACACGCUCGCAGUCGCUCAAGAAAGACGACGCCAUGAGUGCGGAUUGUCGAAGCGCCGCGGCGCAUUGCGAGGACAAACUCAACCGAGUAAGACACUUACUCACCAGCAAACCUGUUCCCACCACCCCAAAAUACAGAAGAAAGCCUAAGAGAGUCUUUGUCGAGCCCGGUUCGGUUGAGGAAUCCUUCGAAGAUGCCUUCUCACCCGAAGACUUUGUCCGACUCUCAAACAGCGACCAUAUUGAGUACAUCAGUCUGUCUAACCAUCAUAAGGAAGAGGUGAUAGAAGCCGCAGCUCUGAAAGUCAAGACGGAGGUGAAGGAAGUUAUGGACAUCAUCCAGGCUCUGCCGGACGCUGAAAUUGCUCCAGUAGAAAAAACUAACAGUCAAAAUGUAGAAAUAAGGGAGGCUAAAGCUAAUACUCAAGUAAAAUCACAAGUAGAUGUGAAUGACAGUCAAAAAACUGAAUCAAAAGGAACAACAGACAACAUAGAAGCUAAAAUUGAAGUUAAACCAGAUUUACCAAAUGUUUUACCUGUAAAAGAAGCGAAAGAAAAACAAGAAGUUAUCGCAGCAUGCGAAGACAAAGUAAACAGACUAAAAGCUUUACUGCAAAGCCGAAAACCUAAAUCUAGAACGAAAACUGAAUCAGAUUCUGUCUUGGAACCCGUAACAGACAUAAAAAACAAAGUACAGGAUAAGCACUUUAAAAACCCGGCGAGGAGUACAGAUAAAAGAAAGCAAUCGCAAUUAAUUAAGAAUAUUCAAGACGAUAUGUGUUUCGGUAACUCUUUAGACACUGAAGUCUCAAGCCCUGAUAAUUCUCCGAUAUUACCACCGACUAAGCUUAGUGAUGUAAUCAACUUACCGAAGCUGAUACCUGAGCCGGAACCUGAAUAUUUUGAUGAAGUCCAUGGUCGCUUCCGUUCUACGUCAACAGACAGUGACGACUCAUUCCAAAUAGUGUUCACCGACAGCCCGAAAGCGGCAAGACACUGCGCAGUAUCCGACUGCGACUCCGAAGACUCCUUCAUCGUCUUCGAGGACUCGCCAGACAGCUGCUACACAUCUCACGAUGUGUUUGGUGACUCCACAGUCGAUAGCGACUCUGAUUCGGAUGUUAGUGACUCAGGUGUGUCAUGUAAAUUGUCGCAUUCGCUGACCCGGACCGUUGGGGAUUUGACGGAUGACAGUUUGUUUGACGAUACAGUGCGGGAGGAGAGUGGGGAUGAAGUGGACAGUGUGACAGUUUGUGAGGAGUUGGAUUUGGCAGAGGAGGUGAACACAGGAUUGCUUCUGAAUGACGCUAAGAAACUAUUGAGAAGACAGCAGCCACCUAAGAAGGUGUCCUUCUCGGAGAAGCCUCCAAAAGUGCACGUAAUGAGGGUGUGGUCGUUCGCGGCGAGGCAGGCGCGCCGAGGCAACUGGGAGCAGGAUGCUAUGGACCGGGACAGAUUUAAGCGGAAGAUUGCGGACGUGGACAUGGCAGUAUCGUGGGUGCUGAAGCCCCAACACCGGCGCCGAAUCAUGUUCCAGCGUUUCAUGCCAUGGUGGAACAAGCAGAGACGACUGGAAGUAGAAGAGAGGAAGCGGAAGCAAGAAGAAGAUAGGCUAGCAGAAGAGAAGAGAAUAGAAGAUGAGAGGAUAGAAGAAGAAAGGUUAACAGCUGAGAAAGAUGAAGGUAAGGAUGUUAGUAGAGAUGUAAAUGAAGGAAAUACAGAAAGUGGAAAUAGUGUUGAAGUAAAAGUUGAUGGGGUUGAUAACGAUUUAAAUAAUAUUAAUGGAGUUUAUGAAAAUGGCUUAAUCAAUGAGAAAGUAGAUAACGCAGAUCUUGAUGUUAAUAACGAGAAAUUAACGAGUAAAAGUAAAUUACAAUUGAAAACACUGGAAAAUAAAGUUGGUAAUAAUAUAAAUCUUAAUGUUGGUGACAAAGAUUGUGAACCUAAAUUAGAUGAAACACAUGAAAAAGUAAAUGAUGUAAAGAUAGAUUUAAAUGUAGAUAAAAUAGCGAAAUCAUUGGCGAAGUGCGAUUUUUAUGACAAAUCCGAGUCGAAGGCGAAUUCUAUUUUAGCAUCCAAACUUGUUGUAGACACAUGA